AUGUACUCCGUCACAACAACCGCGCCUUUACGGCUUACGGUCACAGCCAUACCAAAGACUGUCUAUGUAGGCAGUCUCUGCGUACUUGCUGGAGGUCAGCAUUAUUCUACGCUGCCAUCAAUCAAGGCCCGCCAGAGUCCUUUCACUUCGACAAAUAGACGAUCAAUCUCAUCGGCAUCACCAAAGUCAGCGAUCAAAGAAUUCUUUCCCAAAGUCGAAACGAAACAGAUUAUCGAGACGGAGACUUCAUGGCAACACCCAGUAUACACCGAAGAACAAAUGCGAAGCAUCCACACCGAACACCGCCAAGUCCGUACCUGGUCCGAUCGAUUCGCCUUAAGCAUGGUCCAAGGUCUGCGCUGGGGCAUGGACUUUGUCACCGGCUAUCGUCACGCACCCAAGGGCCAGGAUGGAAAAGCAGUCGAGAAAUUCAAAAUGAGUGAACGGCAAUGGUUGAAUCGGAUUCUGUUUCUGGAGAGUGUUGCUGGUGUUCCGGGGAUGGUUGCAGGGAUGUUGAGACAUCUUCGAAGUCUGAGGACGAUGAGAAGGGAUAAUGGAUGGAUCGAGACCCUGCUCGAAGAAGCAUACAACGAGCGUAUGCACCUCCUCACUUUCAUGAAGAUAGCCGAACCAGGCCUAUUCAUGCGUAUGAUGGUCCUCGGCGCCCAGGGCGUCUACUUCAACGGCCUCUUCUUCGCCUACCUCAUCUCCCCACGCACCUGCCACCGCUUCGUCGGCUACCUCGAGGAAGAAGCCGUGCUAACCUAUACACGCAUCAUCGAAGAAAUCGAAGCGGGCAAUCUACCCGGCUGGGAGAAGUUGGAAGCACCCGAAAUUGCAGUCAAGUAUUGGAAAAUGCCAGAAGGAAAUCGGUCGAUGCUCGAUUUGAUGCUGUAUGUGCGUGCCGACGAGGCAAAGCAUCGGGAAGUCAACCACACACUGGGAAACCUCAACCAGAGGGAAGACCCGAAUCCGUAUACGGCUGUAUUUAGGAAUUCGGAGAAGCCACGUCCUAGUAAGGGAGCGGAUUUGAUGAGGCCGACGGGCUGGGAGAGGGAAGAGGUUAUUUGA